GUUUUUUACGUUUGACUGAGUAGGCUACGUGACAUUGUAAAAGUUGUGUUUGUUCAGUUGUAUACUCGCUGAUGCGGAUCUAAAUUCUUUUCUAAUCGUUUGAUGCCGGAAUACAGAUAUUUAGAUACACUUGACUUAGAAUGCUGCCCAUUAUUGAUUUCAAGCAAUGUCGACCUGAUGUUGAAGUUAGUGACAAAGAAAUAAACGAAACGGGCCAAGCUAAUGGUGGAUGCUUUGUCCACAGUAGGUUUUGCAUAUCUAAAGAAUUGUGGAAUAAAAAAAGAAACUGUCGAAGAACCAGAAACACCGCAGACGAAAUAUUUAAUGCACCAACUGAUAAGAAGAACAUUUAUAAAAGAAAUCCAAUUACCACUUUUGGUUAUAUUGGGUUUAGUACGGAAAAGGUGGACCCAGCCUUACCUGUCGACUAUAAAGAGGCGUUUAAUGUGCCCGGUUGUGCUUUAGAUCCAUCUGUAGGCGCAAAAUGGCCACAUGAACUUUCACCUAACUUUGCCCCACUUACCAAAUCCUUUAUGGAAGAAUGCAAGAGUCUGGCUUUAAUAAUACUAGAAGUGAUCGCUGUUGGGUUACAAAUUAAGGAUCGCCACGUUUUGCAAAAUGCCCAUCAACACUUAAACCUUAAACACAGUUUGGGAGGUGCUCUCAAGUAUCUUUAUUAUCCACCAAUUAAAGAGGAUGUUAAACCCGAACAAAAACGACUGGGCGAACAUUCAGAUUGGGGUUCGAUCACUUUGCUCUUUGUUGACAACACUGGCGGGCUUCAGAUUGAGACGGAAGGGACAUACAAAGAUGUCCCUGUAAUAGAAGACACGAUUUUGAUCAACAUUGGAGAUGCGUUGGAAUAUUGGACAAAAGGGAAACUAAAGUCGACAAAACAUCGUAUUAAUAUACCCCAAGAUGAAUGGCGAAGAAAUUCAUCUCGAAGGUCGAUUGUAUACUUCGCUUAUCCUGAUAAUGAUGUCGUGAUCAAUCAACCUCUGCAGUUCAAGGGUGAUGCAGAUGUUCCGGAUCCUGUAAAAGAUCCGAUAACAGCUUUGAAAUAUUGUGAGAUUAAAAUGAAAGAAGCGCAUGUAUAUUAAAUAUAUUUUAAAUAAAUCGUACCAUGUUUAUUACGGUAAUUAUAAUGUUGUAUGUAGAGUGAGGUGGGGAAGAUGGGACACUUUUAACACAUAAUAUCCAAGUAUCCUGAUCAUGUUAUAUGUACCUUGUUUACUACUAAAUGAAACGAGAAAAUAGGGUUAAAGGUGUUCUAUCUUCCCCAACUUACUGUAUGUUGCUUCUUUAGUUCACGAAUGGUAGAUGUGUGAAAAUAUUGGCAUAUUGUUUUGAGAUUAUUAAUAAGAUCGGGUUUACUUCAGUGUGUCUUUAUCGGGGUAAAUCGGGACAUUCAGUGGGAUGGGGGAAGAUAGGCACCUUUUAACUGUACUUUCUCGUCGCAUUCAUUAGAAAACAAAGAAUAUUUAAAGCAUUAUAAAACUAUAUCCCCGCGACUAACAUAUAGACCGUUGUUAAUUGUUUAAAACACGAUCAGG